GGGCCCAGCAGCAGUUGGGUGGGUCACAGGCCGCUGCCUCUCCCUCUCGCGCCACACGUCGACGUGCAUGCCGCCGCACCGAAACGGCAUGAACGCCAUCCUUCCCUUCUCCGCCUGCUCACCGCAGCGUUAGUUUAAACAGGACAGAGUUGUCGCAGGCAAGCAGUGCGAGCCAUUUGGGGGAUCCGUUGAGCCGGUGAAAUCCACGGUGGCGUCUCUGUCUCAUCCACCUCGUAGCCUUCGCCGCCAAAAUCCAUGCGAGUAUAAGUAGAGAGCUCCUUCUUGAGCAAUGCAAUGCUGUGCCAGUGGAAUUCAUCGGCCAAGUCUAGUUUCAAACUCGAGAAAUGGCUCCUGCUGGUCGGUGUUCGCAGAGGGUGUUCGCCUUUGGCAAGGGGAGGAGCGAAGGCGACAAGAGCAUGAAGAACUUGCUGGGUGGGAAAGGUGCGAACUUGGCGGAGAUGUCUAGGAUUGGACUGUCGGUGCCGCCAGGAUUCACGGUGUCGACGGAGGCCUGCCGGGAGUAUAACGAGGAGGGUGGGAAGCAUCUCCCGAACGGCCUCUGGGAGGAGAUACUGGAAGCUCUUGGGAAGGUGGAGGAGAACAUGGGAGCACGUCUCGGCGAUCCUUCAAGGUCGCUCCUCCUCUCCGUUCGCUCUGGCGCUGCGGUGUCGAUGCCGGGGAUGAUGGACACAGUGCUCAACUUGGGACUCAAUGACGAGGUGGUGGUUGGGCUGGCGAUGAAGAGCGGGGAGAGGUUUGCUUACGACUCAUAUCGUCGAUUCUUGGACAUGUUCGGAAAUGUGGUUAUGGGAAUCCCGCACUCUCUGUUUGAAGAAAAACUUGAAGCUCUAAAGAUGGCAAAAGGAAUCAAGACAGACACCGACCUUACUGCAACUGACCUCCAAGAAUUGGUUGCUCAGUACAAGAAUGUGUACCUUGAAUCCAAAAGGGAGCAGUUUCCUACAGAUCAAAAAAGGCAGUUGUAUCUGGCCGUGGUUGCUGUCUUUGACUCAUGGAACUGUCCGAGAGCAAAGAAGUACAGAAGCAUCAAUCGAAUCAAAGGGUUGAAGGGAACUGCAGUGAAUGUGCAAUGUAUGGUGUUUGGGAAUAUGGGGGACACCUCAGGAACUGGAGUGCUCUUCACUAGGAAUCCAAGCACGGGUGAGAAGAAGCUUUACGGGGAGUUCCUCAUCAAUGCCCAGGGUGAGGAUGUAGUUGCUGGAAUCAGAACUCCGCAGGACCUGGAUACUAUGAAGAAAUGCAUGCCCGAAGCUUAUAAUGAACUUGUGAAGAAUUGUGAAAUCCUAGAGCGUCAUUAUAAAGAUAUGAUGGAUAUUGAGUUCACUGUACAGGAAAAGAGGCUUUGGAUGUUGCAGUGUAGAACUGGAAAGCGCACUGGCAGAGGUGCAGUAAAGAUUGCAGUUGACAUGGUCAAAGAAGGCCUUGUCGAUACCCGUACUGUUAUUAAGAUGGUGGAGCCAAUUCACUUGGACCAGCUUCUUCAUCCACAGUUUGAAGAUCCAUCCAUGUACAAGGAUAAAGUGAUUGCAAGAGGCUUGCCUGCAUCACCAGGAGCUGCAGUUGGUCAGGUUGUCUUCACUGCUGAUGAUGCCGAAAAAUGGCACGGUCAAGGCCUGACCGUUAUUUUGGUAAGAACAGAGACAAGCCCAGAGGAUGUUGGCGGUAUGCACUCAGCUGAAGGAAUUCUAACUGCGAGAGGUGGCAUGACUUCCCAUGCAGCUGUUGUAGCACGUGGGUGGGGGAAAUGCUGUGUGUCUGGCUGCUCUGAUUUAACUAUUAUAGAAGCAAAUAAGGUGGUGCUGAUUGGAGACAAAACGAUACAUGAAGGUGACUGGAUAUCACUCAAUGGAUCAACAGGUGAAGUAAUUUUAGGAAAGCAAGCACUUACACCACCAGCUUUAAGUGGCGACUUGGAAACCUUCAUGUCAUGGGUCGAUGAGAUAAGGAAACUCAAGGUCAUGGCAAAUGUGGAUACACCUGACGAUGCACGAAUAGCAAGAAAAAAUGGUGCAGAAGGGAUUGGACUUUGUAGGACAGAACACAUGUUUUUUUCUUCAGAUGAAAGGAUAAAGGUUGUUAGACAAAUGAUAGUGGCACCAAAUAGUGAGCAAAGGCAUCGGGCCUUAGAUCUCCUCUUGCCCUAUCAGCGAUCAGACUUCCAAGGAAUAUUUCAUGCCAUGGAUGGGCUUCCUGUGAUUAUCCGGUUGCUAGAUCCACCACUUCAUGAGUUUCUCCCAGAGGGUAACCUGGGGGAUAUUGUUAGUCAACUUGCUUUAGAUACUGGCACAAAAGAAGAGCAAGUACUUUCAACAGUGGAGAAGCUCUCUGAAGUUAAUCCCAUGCUUGGUUUCCGAGGUUGCAGGCUCGGCAUAUCAUACCCAGAGUUGACUGAAAUGCAAGCACGAGCUAUAUUUGAAGCUGCUAUUAUUAUGAGCAAUCAGGGUAUCAAAGUGUUUCCAGAAAUUAUGGUUCCUCUGAUUGGCACACCUCAGGAGCUGAAGCACCAAACUGAUCUGAUACGGAAGACAGCGCAGAAAGUUUUCUCUGAGAUGGGAACCUCAAUAAGCUAUAAGGUCGGAACUAUGAUUGAGGUUCCGAGGGCUGCCCUUAUUGCUGAUGAGAUAGCUGAACAAGCAGAGUUCUUCUCAUUCGGAACCAAUGACCUCACACAAAUGACAUUCGGCUACAGCAGAGAUGAUGUCGGGAAGUUUCUUCCUAUCUACUUAUUGAAAGGCAUCCUGCAAAAUGAUCCCUUUGAGGUUCUUGAUCAGAAAGGGGUAGGUGAGCUCAUUAAGGUUGCAGUGGAACGAGGUCGAAAAUCUAGGCCUGAUUUGGAGAUAGGAGUGUGUGGUGAACAUGGUGGAGAACCCUCCUCAGUUGCUUUCUUUGCGCAAGUUGGCUUCAACUAUGUCUCCUGUUCUCCGUUCAGGGUGCCCAUUGCAAGGCUUGCAGCUGCUCGAGUAGUAGUGUGAGGGAGAUCUAAAUUUGCAAAAGAAACCCUAGAAUUUUAGCUUUUCAAUGUCUGUCAUCGAAUAAACAUUUCGGUAUGUUGCAAACUGUGUGUGAUGUUUUACCAAUAAGGAAUGGCGGUUCCAUGUUU